AUGGCGGCGUUCACGAUCGCGGGCCUGGGAUCGGCGCCGCCGCUUCCGAACGCGCUCCGAGCGCGAGCGACCGGCGCGUCCGCGGCGCGAUGCCAACGCGCGAUCGCGCCGAGGGCGUCCUCCGCGUCGACGCCGAGCCGCGCGGGGUUGUCCGCGGCCGCGCUCGCGCGCGGCGCCGCGGCUGGGAAGACGCGUCCGGUCAAGCGAGGCGACCUCGCGGUGACGAGCGCGACGUUCUGGGGCGCGAAGGACCCGAAGUAUCCGAACAGCACGGUGUUCAACGUCAGCACGGAGAAGCUCCCGGGCGGGGACUCGCUGACGAACGAGGGCAUCUUGGGGUUCGUCGUCGCCGGCGCGCUCGCGAUCUGGUUCGGCGGGACGCUGUUUAAGACUCUGGCGGUGAUGUUCGGGUUCAUAUUCACGACGGCGAAGUAUUUCAUGAUGGGCAUCGCGCUCGUGUUGAUCGGCGUCGCCGCGAGCUAGACGUCGAGGGACGAGGAGGACGAACGCCGCGCCGUGAGGUUCCGUGGGUGGACCCUCCCGAGGGCAUUUUUUUAGACUCGUCGCGGCGCCGUCGUAGCGAGCGGCGAGAGCACACGUGUACACCACCACCACCACCGCGCGAACGCGCGCGAUGCGUU